CAAAAUCUAGGAUCAAUACAAAAGAGCACAUGAUCAUUGCUACAAUUAACGAUAAUACCAACCGUCCACGUGCAUCUCUUUCCCGGCCCAAGAACACUCUCACUUACAUGAUUUCACUGAUGUACCCUUCUUCUUCCUCCUCUCUGUUCCAAACCCAAGUACUACAAUAAUUCUCUCACAUUCCCAUGGAAGGUAAAGCCAUCGCGACGUCUCUCGGUGGUGAUCGUGUAUUGAUAUUCCCGUGUUCUCCUCGCUCUUCCUUCGUUUUUACAUCCCGGCUCUCUAGCCUGCCUCUAAAGCGUGCGUCUAUCGGUGGUGCUGUCUCUUGUUCCGGCGUCAAUGGCUUGACUCGGUGGAAUUCCAUUGUUUCGACUCGCCGACUCGUUCCUGUUCGUUCAAUUAACUCGGAAUCGGACUCGGACUCCGACUUCCCUCACGAGAAUCAGCAGGUGCGGUUUGAAUUUCUGAGCAUAUGAAUUCUAAAAUCAAACGCUCAAUUUUGUUAAUUUUUGGUUGGUGGAUGUUUUUUAUUUUGGGUUUUUUCUCAAAGGGAAAUCCAGGUUUGGGGAAAUUUAAGGAAUACCAAGAAUGGGACUCAUGGACGGCCAAGUUCUCCGGUGGAGCAAACAUUCCGUUUCUCAUGCUCCAAUUGCCUCAGAUCAUCCUCAAUACCCAGAAUCUUUUGGCGGGAAACAAUACCGCUCUUUCGGCUGUCCCAUGGCUGGGAAUGUUGACUGGUUUGUUAGGAAACCUUUCGUUGCUUUCUUAUUUUGCUAAGAAGAGAGAAAAAGAAGCAGCUGUGGUGCAAACACUGGGAGUGGUCUCUACUCACAUUGUGCUUGCACAGCUCACAAUGGCUGAAGCAAUGCCUAUUCAGUAUUUUGUUGCUACUUCAGCUGUUGUCACCAUCGGUCUCAUUGUGAACUGUUUGUACUAUUUCGGUAAGCUUAGCAAAACUGUGUGGCAACUGUGGGAAGACGUUAUCACUAUUGGUGGACUCUCCGUUCUUCCUCAAAUCAUGUGGUCAACAUUUGUCCCUCUUGUACCAAACAGUAUCUUGCCUGGGACAACUGCUUUUGGUAUUGCUGUGGCAGCUAUAAUCAUGGCUCGAACUGGGAAACUUUCAGAGAAAGGUGUUAGGUUUGUAGGGUCUUUAUCUGGAUGGACAGCAACUCUUAUGUUCAUGUGGAUGCCAGUUUCCCAAAUGUGGACAAAUUUUCUAAACCCGGACAACAUAAAAGGCUUAUCGUCAAUCACAAUGUUGCUCUCGAUGAUGGGAAACGGGCUUAUGAUCCCUCGAGCACUAUUUAUCCGUGAUUUGAUGUGGCUCACUGGUUCGCUAUGGGCAACUCUCUUUUAUGGAUAUGGAAAUAUUCUUUGCUUAUACCUGGUAAAUUGCACCAGCCAGUCAUUCUUCGUGGCAGCUACAAUUGGUUUGAUCUCAUGGAUAGGACUGGCUUUGUGGAGAGAUGCAGUGGCUUAUGGUCACAACUCGCCGUUUAGAUCUUUGAAAGAACUUGUUUUUGGACCGUAAUGAAUGAAUGUACACGCCAUAAACGCCCUUUGUUCAAGCAAGUCCAUAGAGAUUACAUGUAUUUUCAUUCUUUUUUCCUAAGGGUUAUAAGACAACUACUCUGUAAUUUCAUGUAUUUUUUUACUUGAAUCAUAUAGUAAAAUAAUGUCUGAUAUCAAAAAUAACUUUUGAUAUUGAACGGUCAAAAAUCAAAAUCGAAACAUUCUCGGUUCA